CAGCGUCCACCACCACCAUCACCAACUAUCUCAUCUAUUCUAAUUCUACACUUCCAUGCCAAGAAUUAAUCCAACCACCACCUACUUCCACCCUCCAUCUCGUCGAGCCAAGGCAGCGCGGCCGGACCGCCGGAGCGGUGCGGUAAUGGCGGCGAGGAGGGCGCCGGCGCUGGCCCUGGCGCUCGCCUUGCUUCUCGCCUUCUCCGACGACGCCGCUCAGGUCGGCGCGGCGGAGGCCAUCGGCCGGAUCCAAGACGAUCCAACUGGAAGGCUCAAGGUGUACGUCUACGAUCUGCCUCCCAAAUACAACAAGAACAUACUGGCGAAGGACUCGAGGUGCCUGAGCCACAUGUUCGCCACGGAGAUCUUCAUCCACCGCUUCCUGCUGUCGAGCGCCGUCCGGACGCGGGACCCCGAGGAGGCCGACUGGUUCUACGCCCCGGUGUACACGACCUGCGACCUCACGCCGUGGGGCCACCCGCUCACCACCAGGUCGCCGCGCAUCAUGCGGAGCGCCAUCCGGUUCGUCGCGCGGAGCAUGCCCUACUGGAACCGCACCGAGGGGGCCGACCAUUUCUUCGUCGUGCCGCAUGACUUUGCGGCUUGCUUCUAUUUCCAGGAAGCGAAAGCGAUCGAGCGAGGCAUUCUCCCGGUGCUGCGGCGUGCAACGCUGGUCCAGACAUUUGGGCAGAAGAACCAUGCGUGCCUCAAGGAUGGCUCCAUCACCAUUCCGCCGUACACUCCUGCUCACAAGAUAAGAGCUCGCCUUCUUCCUCCCGAGACCCCUCGCUCCAUCUUCGUCUACUUCCGUGGUUUGUUCUACGAUACUUCCAAUGAUCCUGAGGGUGGUUACUAUGCAAGGGGCGCCCGUGCAUCGGUGUGGGAGAACUUCAAGAACAAUCCGUUCUUCGACAUCUCGACGGACCACCCGGCGACCUACUACGAGGACAUGCAGCGCUCCGUCUUCUGCCUCUGCCCGCUCGGCUGGGCCCCGUGGAGCCCGCGCCUGGUGGAGGCCGUGGUGUUCGGCUGCAUCCCGGUGAUCAUCGCCGACGACAUCGUGCUCCCCUUCGCGGACGCCAUCCCGUGGGAGGACAUCGCCGUGUUCGUGGCCGAGGACGACGUCCCGAGGCUGGACACCAUCCUCACCUCCAUCCCGCUGGAGGCGAUCCUCCGGAAGCAGGCGCUGCUCGACAGCCCGGCGAUGAAGAAGACGAUGCUGUUCCCGCUGCACGCCGAGGCCGGCGACGCCUUCCACCAGAUCCUCAACGCGCUGGCGCGGAAGCUGCCCCAUGGCAGGGGCGUCUUCCUGGAGCCCGGCCAGAAGGUGCUCAACUGGACGGAGGGGACGCCGGAGGACCUCAAGCCAUGGUAGCUAGCUAGCAAGCUCGAUAGAUACAUACAUAUAGUGCUGGACCAUGCAUGCAUCACCAUGGUGUGCAUGUUUUUGUGUAAAUGAUGCAACCCAGAUGAGAAGCUGAUGAUCAUCAACGAAGCUGAGAUAUACUACUAUAUGUGUUGGUGAGUGAACCACACCAUUAAAUGUAAAGCUCAUUCGUCC